GCACAGGGGAGGGCCUUCGCGGGUUCGCUAGUUCGCGGGUCUUUGUCUCGCGCCAUCUUUACACUUGAUCGGUCAGCUGAGCCGGGCUGUCGGGGUGCCUCAGGCCUGUCAGCUGCCAGAGGCGGACGGGGGCGCCAUGAGGAGCUUGCAGCCUGACGGUGUGGAGAACUCCUUGAGCCAACUCCCCAGUCGAAGUCUCGAAACGGGAAAGCAGAAGAGAAGCUCUAAGAGGAGGCCAGUCAGCUACAGUCACUGGAGGUGGUCCCAGCCGGAUAGAGCAAGAAAACACAAGGCACCAGUAAAGGGGUUGGUGUCAUUUGAGGAUGUGUCUGUGGAUUUCACCUGGGAUGAAUGGCAGGACUUGGAUGACACUCAGAGGAAGCUCUACAGGGAUGUGAUGCUGGAGACCUACAGAAGCCUGGAGUCCUUGGGCCACUGCAUUACUAAACCUGACGUGAUCUUUAAGUUGGAGCAAGGAACUGGGCCAUGGAGAGUAGAAGACAUCCCAAAGCAGAGCCGGCCAGAUGUCCAGAAAGUAACGGACCUGAAUGAAACCAGCCAGGACAUUGAAGAGAGACAGUUGUGGCACCUUGUAAUUACCAACAGCAACACGUCAAUGGAGGAGAAAGUUAAAUUAGGAAAAAUACUUAAUGUGAGCUCAAACAGUGUUUCAAAUCUGACUGUAAAGAAUGGAAUGAGGCCUGAGGCAUUUACUGUGUGGCAGAGCAUACCUCCCCCUAACGAGCCUGAUGAUAUGCAGACUGGAGAGGAACCUGAUGGCUCUCUGGCCGGCAAGCACCCCAUACACACAGAGCAUCACGGGCUGUAUAAUGGAGCUCUAGGUACUCGGCAGCAUUUUCAGUGUAGUAGUCAAGAAGCGACCUGCAACACAAAGGCAUUAUGGAUGAAUAAGAGGUUUCACAUUGCACAUAGGUCCAGUGAGUUUGGUGAGUCUGAGGAAGCACCUGAUGAGGUAGCUCUUAAUGCCCAAGAGAUGAGGUGGGUACGGGAGGAAACUUAUGAAUGUAAUAUUUGUAAGAAAACAUUCUGUACAAAGUUUAAGCUCACUAAACAUAAGAAAAUACACAAAGGACAGAAAUACUACACGUGUAGGGAUUGUGAGAAAACCUUCAUUAAGAAAUCAUACCACAAAGACCAGAGGAUACAUGCGGGGGCAAUCAGGUCCCAUAGAUGUAAACAAUGUGAGAAAUGCUUUCAUCAGAAAACCCAGCAGCGUGUGCACCAGAGAGUUCCCAGAGGAGCCAAACUCUAUGAAAUGUAUCAGUCUGAAAAAAGUUUUAGCGAGAAGCCAAAUCUCAGACACUAUCAGAGGACCCAUGCAGGUUAUAAACCCUACGGAUGUAGCAUGUGUGGGAAGUCAUUUUACCGGAAGUCACACCUCAGCAGGCACCAGAGAACUCACACAGGUGAGAAGCCCUAUGGUUGUAAAGAGUGUAAAAAAAUGUUCUACCAUAAGUCCUCCCUCACGAUCCAUCAGAGAACUCACACAGGUGAGAAGCCCUAUGAGUGUAAAAAAUGCAGGAAAACUUUCUACUGUAAGUCAGACCUGAAUGUCCAUCAUAGAACUCACACAGGCGAGAAGCCCUAUGAGUGUGACCAGUGUAGGAAAACGUUCUACUCUAAGUCACAUCUCAUUAUACAUCAGAAAAUUCACACAGGCGACAAGCCAUACGAAUGUGAAGAGUGUCAGAAAACCUUCAAUCGUAAGUCAAACCUUACAGUGCAUCAGAAAACACACACAGGGGAGAAACCUUACGAAUGCAAUGUAUGUGGGAAAACUUUUCACCGUCGCUCACACCUCAACAUGCACCAGGGAACUCACACUGGUGAGAAACCCUACAAAUGUAAAGAGUGCGGGAAAGCGUUCUACCAGAAGUCGAGCCUCAGCAGACAUCAGAGAAACCACACAGGGAGCAGACCGUAUGCAUGUGACGAAUGUAGGAAAACCUUCCUCCAUAAAUCCUCCCUCACUGUCCAUCAGAGGAGCCACACAGGCUACAAACCAUACUCAUGUGAGGAAUGCAGGAAAACGUUUUACAGUAAGUCGCAUCUCACCGUUCAUCAGAGGACCCACACAGGCGAGAAGCCCUACGAAUGUAAGCUAUGCAAGAAGGCUUUCCACCAGAAGUCGUAUCUUAAUAGGCAUCAGAUAACUCACGAAAGUGAGAAACGAUUUCAAUGUCAAGAAUGUAGGAAAAUGUUUUAUCAUAAGUCAUCCCUCACUGUACAUCAGAGAAUCCACCUGAGGGAGCGCCUGUGACUCUAAUGUGGAGGCUCUGUUAGCAGAAACCAUCAGCAGGCUCCAGGCAGGGCUCACGUAGGGCGUUUCCUGUAAAUGUGACAAUGUUUUUGCAAGAAGGGACACCUUUGCAGGCAUUAAGUUUAUACAGAAAAUUCUGUGUGGCACAAGUUGGCUGUCUUCUUUGGAACACAGUCUCCAUUAUGAGGUCUGUAUGACCAUGUAACAGCCAUAUACAUUCACACACACACACACACACAUACACACAUACACACACACACACGUAUGAUGAUCACUACUUUGAGCCAGGCCCAUAGAAAUACAUUUUUAAGUUUUUUUCUUCCUCUCUAAGUUCUCAUGAGCUCUGGCCCUGAGAUGAACACGAUCUACAAGGUAGCCUUGACAUCUAUUGUCAGAAAGUCCCCGAUUUAAGAGAAAUAGAACUGACUGGAGACAGCUCAUUUUUAUCCCCAAAGACUCUUCAGUUUGCGGAAUACUUUCUCAAGCCAUUGUGCAUGCUGCUUUUGUAGAAUGCACUAACUUGAUACAAUUGGGAGGACUUACAUGUUUUAAUACUUCAGAAUUUGUACACAAGGGAAACUUGUGUAAAUUGAGAAUACUUUAUCAGAGGUGCUUCAUUGAACAAUUUGAAUAAAUCAAAUAUGAGUAAGUUAACACAUGAAACUUUGAACAAAACUUCUGUGUCAGAAGUUUGUAAUGAAGGCAAAUUAUCAGCCUUUGUAAUUUUAAUAUUAACUUUCAAAUGGAGGUACACAUGUGCCAAUAAAUAUGUGAGUGAUAUUAUUGCCUGUCAUAGCACAUUGUGUCUGGGAACAUUUGUGGCUAUUGUAACUGGAGGUUGGAGUUGCUACUGGCAUGCAAUAAUAGGGGCCAGCUGUGUUGUUUAAACAGCUUAUAAUGCACAGAACAUUCUCUCAUGCACUUACAUAUUUGGGUGUUUUAUAUUAAUGGAAAAUUCCUUUGGUGGGACCUAGAUUAAUUACAGGAAAUGUGUUUGCUCUAUAUAUGUCUUCCUUUGUUAAAUGGACUGAGGUACAAGUGUAGACCAGUGGUAAAAUGUACGUGUAACAUUCAUGAGACCCUGGUUUCAGCCUCACUACAAACAUGCAUAAACUAAAACCUAAGAAUCUCCACACCAAAUACCGUUCUAGUGCGUCUUCCUUUUUUCUCAAAUAUCAGACUUUCCCCACGCUGUGCCAGUGUAAGUAAGUAUGUGUGGACAUUGCUAUUUAACGAUCCUGUAGGUAAGCAAGACAUUUUCUAGUGUGUGAAGCUGAUAUAAAGCCUGCCAGGUGAUCUAAUGGAAAUAUUACCCGUGUAGAAAUGAACACACGAAGUCCCUGAAUUGCUCACAGCUGACACUUAAAGAGCCACGAACAACAGUUCUCACGCCGGCUUCAGUUCUUGGAGAGCAACAAUCCAUUGUCCAUUUGUUUGUGCCACCCCAUUUCCUACACUCCGUCCUCCAUAUGAAACCAUUGAACAGAAGUGGACUGCUGUAAUUAUUUACCUAGUUCUCCCUGAACACUGCUGUGUCACCGACAGCACAAGUCUUGUCACUACACAUUUCGCUCUAGCCCUAAAGAUGUUUUUACCCUACACUGCCUUAAAUAAAACACUUUUUGUAUAACAUAC